AUUCCCCGGCGCUCCGUAAGCAGCCAAGCCCUUCCCUCCUGGGCUCCCAUUCAUAAGCCCCGGUGCGGGACGAGCCGGCCAGCCAGCAGCUCUCCGGGAAAGAGGCGAGAGAGCAGCAGCACCACCACCACCUCGGAGGAGGCCAGGGCAGCAUCUUCCUCUCCUCCACCCGUUCGCCCCCCCUCCGCUAAAAAAAAAAGAGACAAGGCGAAGUGACAAAGCAGACUGCGCUCUGCUGAAUAUUAAUCUAGGCUUGCACACCUAGUAUGGCAUCUUAGGAGCAACCAGGAUCUAUCUCCCUAUGACUGCCCGAAGACACUAUUCUUUGCCACGAACUCUAAUGACCCCUCGCUUGUAUUCAGACGGGACGAUGGGCGGCAUUGCCCAAAUUACCCCCUUCCUGUACCUGAGUAAGGGAAGCGUCGCCUCCAACCGGCAGCUGCUCUUAGCCCGUGGGAUCACGUGCAUCAUCAACGCCACGAUUGAGCUCCCCAAUCUCAACUACCCCGAGUUCGAGUACUUCAAAGUGCCUGUGGCUGACAUGCCCAAUGCCCCUAUCUCACUUUAUUUUGACAGCGUGGCUGACAAGAUCCAAAGCGUGGCGCGGAAGCACGGGGUCACGCUGGUACACUGCGCCGCUGGCGUGAGCCGAUCGGCCACCCUCUGCAUCGCCUACCUGAUGAAAUAUCAGAACGUCACCCUCUACGAAGCUUACAACUGGGUGAAAUCGAGACGCCCGGUCAUCCACCCCAAUGUUGGUUUCUGGCGUCAGCUCAUCCAAUACGAACGGGAGCUUUAUGGGAGGAACACCGUCAAAAUGGUACAGACUGCUUAUGGCAUGAUGCCAGACGUUUAUUUGAGGGAGAGGAGAACCUUUGUGCCUUACUGGGGGAUUUGAAGAUGGCCGACAAGAACAGAAAAGUCAAAGCUGUUCCAAAAGCUAUCCGAACUGAGAGUGUUACCAUCUCCUCUAAUGGACAACUUUUAAUUCCUUCUGAGACAGCAAUGUAUUGAUUUCAAAGCACUAAACCAGCAACCCCCAAAUCUGGGGGGGCCUUAAUCCUACAUCCUGUGGAAUUAACGUUGCAUCAAGGUUUCCUUUGUGAACAUGUCUGGUGUCUGCAGAACAAACCCACACCCUUUUUUCGGUGAUAUCACUUCAUGAAGCCAAGCACUUAAUGAUGGCGGAAAACAUGUGACUCAAACAUUGUUUGGCAAUGCAGCAGCUUUUUCUUUUGUGCUUUUUGUUUCUUCUUUGUUAAAAAUAAAUCUCAAGAGAGAUGGACUUGACCAUUUCCCAGAGAAGAGUUUAUUGUUUCAUGUUGGAUUUUGAAAACACAAAUUAGUAGUUGAUGUCCAAAUGCAGAUAAGUAAUAUGUGAUUAGAAGCUUAUUUUAAAAUACUUUUUAAAAUUAUCCAGAGAGGGAUUGCAUCCACUAUGGGAUAAUUUACAGUUCACUUUGGAUUUUCAGUUGUUUUGGGAGGGUGGGUGGGGG